AUGUUAUGCAAAAGUAAACAACCGAAGGGCGAUAAUAGCAACACUCCUAUUCGUGUUGCGAACGAUGAUGGUGUUACGACGCGCCGGGGAGCGUCUAAGGAGAGCCCCCCGGAGAAGGUGGAGUCCUUACCUGUAAACAAUGCUCCUGAUAGGUUACUCAACGAUGACAUCAAAGUACUGAUCUCGGAGGUGCGGCAAUUCAAGGAGGAGAUGAGAGCCACUCGUAAGCAAAUGGAGGAGCUAAGUCAAACUAUGUCAAGACUUAACGACAGAGUAGACGCUUGUGAUGUUCGCAUCGACGCGCUGUGUGACCGCGUGAGCAGUUUGGAGAACCGUGUGAUGGACGGUGCUGGAGUUGAGCCUAUUGAUGGUACAUUACGUCAUACUAUCCAUCAACUAAAGACCGAGCUGAACGAGCGCGAUCAAGAGCUUUUAUUGAACGAUAUUGAAAUAUCAUGUGUGCCGGAACAAAAAGGUACGGGCUUAACGCAUGUGGUGCUCACGCUUGCAAAUAAGUUGGGGGUCCCGUUAAUGGAGCAAGACAUAGUCAGCGCUGUGCGAGUGGGUCGCCCGCCGGGGCCAGAAGAGCUCGUUUCGCCCGGCGCAACUUCGACCCGCCCGCGCCCCAUCGUCGUACGAUUGACGCGACGCGCACUGCGCGACCAGCUCUUGCAGGCGGCGCGCACUCGUCGGGGCGCUACCACCGAGGGUACGGGUCUGUCUGAUGCGCCGCGUCGCUUUUAUAUAAAUGAGAGGCUGACGCGUACUAACCGCCAGUUGUUCAGAAAAGCGCGCGACUGUGGCCGUCGUCUCAAUUGGAGAUUUGUCUGGACUAAGGACGGUAGAGCCUAUGCGCGUCAACAUGCAGGUAAAGAUGCUCCGCGGCAUCGCCUUCAAUCGGAAGAGGAUCUGAUUCGUGUUUUUGGUAAGGACGUCGUUAGUUCUCUUGAGGUUUAG